GUGGCAAAGGAUGCCCCAUUGCUUUUUCGUGUUUUCUUUUAAGAGAGCUUGUACAUUGUUGAAUUCAGCAUCUUCCUUUUCACCAUAUGACUAAGAACUUCAGCGCUCAACUUAUUCUCCACGUUUUUCUGAGGCUGUUUUCGAUUUGAUAGAGCUGUGUCCACACGGAAAUUAAUUGCACAGAAGGAAGACAUGCUGGAUGCCAUUAAUUUUCUCUUCAGAGAAGUAUAAUCAAGCUCUUCGAGCUGAUCGGUGCUACACAUAUCAGGAACUUAUCACUGCAAUCUCCAAGUUCUUAUUUCAAGAAGAGACAGUCACAAGAAAGCUCAAGAAGAGUCCAUCUGCAGCAGAUUUGAAAACUGAAAAGGAAAUUGACGAAUGACCGGACCAACGAAUGCACACCCCUUUCUUUUGAGUUGUUAAUAUAGAUAUUGCACUAAUGGAAGACCAAUGAUGAUGAAUAUAGAACCAAAGGAAGCGGAUUCACUGCCAGGACAGGAAAAGAUUGCUAGCAUCAACCACAGGAUCCUCAAGGCUUCACCGUCGUCCGGUUCGGCUGCGCACUGGUUAAGGACUAGAGACCCGAGGAUCGUCCGUGUCUCACGAGCCUUCGGAGGCAAGGACCGGCACAGCAAAGUCUGCACCAUCAAAGGGUUGAGAGACAGGAGGGUCAGGCUCUCAGUCCCCACUGCAAUUCAGCUCUAUGACCUUCAAGAUAGGUUAGGGCUCAGCCAACCAAGCAAGGUUGUGGACUGGUUGCUUGAUGCUGCUAAGCACGAGAUUGAUGAGCUGCCUCCUCUCCCACUGAUCCAACCAGGUCACAUGUUAGGUCAUCAAAUCCAUCAAUCGGUCCUAUCAAAAUCUCAUGAAAUUGUUGGAGAUGACUCAUCAAACAAAGAUGGGUUGGUCAAGUCACCAAGAUCAAGGACUUGGUCAUGUUCUGAUAAACAUCAGGAAGAAGAUCAGGAACCCAAUGACUGUGGCGCCUCAAAAGUCCCAGCACAAAACUAUUUCUUGUCAAGAACUAGCUCAAGCUUCCAUUUGGAGCCUCCAAACAUGUCACUAUUGCCUAAUUCAGCUAUAAUCCAUGGGUUCACCUCCCAAAUUGGAGACCUUCGUCAUCAGAAUGUCAACAAUGUCAUUCCAUUUUCUCUACACUCAGGCAGCUCUCAGAUAUUCCUGUGCCCUCCUGGAGCGGCUACCGCGCCAACACCAUCUUAUUUUCCUUCGCUUUUCGCCACUUCGACGGAGUCCAAUAGUGAUCCUCGACCCAUCAAUCAUCAUUUUCAACUUGUGAGCUCAGUUAAUUCACACAACAUGCUACCAAGUUCUCUUGCACCACCUCUUCUCAUCCCUGCUAGUCAUCCGAGGUUCAUGAGAGCCUCCCAUCUUGACGGGAGUUGUAGUGAGGAGGGUCUUCAUUCACACAACAGUUUUGGAAGUGACCAGCCAAAUCAAGACCCAUGACCAAAUUUCCAGGUAAAUUAUUGCAUUUGGUGCAGAAGCAAUUAUUUAUAUAUAUGCACACACAUAUAUUUGCCACCAUGAGGGAGGUGAAGGUAAUUCAUGUAAUAAUUAAGCUCUAAAUUAUGGUUCUCUUUGCACGGAUGUGUUGUUUGAUCGAGUGAUUGGCAAUACGGUAUUUAGAUAAUUUUUUUUAGUUAUUUUUUCCCUUAAUGCUGGCCAAUCUAAGUGGUCCUUAAUUGUACAGAAGAAAAAUAAUUUUUGGACAGUACCUGAAAUUAGUGAUCUUGGAGUGU